AUGCAGAGGCGAGGCCUCGCUCGCGUGCCGUCGGGCGAAGCUGGGGCGACAGAUCAUUUUUCUGCCUUGUUUCUGUUUUCCAAUUCUGUUUUUUCUAACAAGUUUGGUGAUAUUAUGUUGUACGUUUGCCAAUGUGAUUCUAAAAUUCAAGUUAUAAGGUCUGACAAUGGGAAAGAGUAUAUAUCACAUCAGUUUAAUUAUUUUUGUGAAGAGGCUGGAAUUGAGCACCAACUUACUACUCCUUACACUCCACAACAAAAUGGGGUGGUUGAGAGGAAGAGUAGAACAAUAAUGGAGAUGGAAAGAUGUAUGAAGCAUGAGAAAUACCUACCAAAGAAAUUUUGGGCUGAAGCUGCUAAUACAACUGGGUUUCUAUUAAACAGUCUUCCUACAAUGGCAAAGCAAGGGAAAACUCCUUCUAAAGCAUGGUAUAACCAUAAACAUUUUGUUCAAAAACUUAAAGUUUUUGGCUGUAUUUGUUUUACCUAUGUGCCAAAGGUGAAUAAAGAUAAGUUAGAUAAGAAGGCAGAAGCAUGA